AUGGUGAAAGAACCACCACCACCACCAUCACCAUCACCACCACCGCCGCCACCACCAACUCACCCAAGAAAAUCAAAGCCUGGUUUGUGUCCAAAACCAAGCGGUGCUGGUAUUUGUGUAGAAAGAUGUAGCGGAGAUUCUAAUUGCCCAGGAUUUCAGAAAUGUUGUUCUAACGGAUGCGGACACGUUUGUACCAAUCCUUCAGGAAAAUCAAAGCCUGGUUUUUGUCCAAAACCAAGCGGUGCUGGUAUUUGUGUAGAAAGAUGUAGCGGAGAUUCUAAUUGCCCUGGAUAUCAGAAAUGUUGUUCUAACGGAUGCGGACACGUUUGUACCAAUCCUUCAGGACCAUCUCCAUCGCCUCCACCUCCCCCACCUCCACCACCACCGUUUCCGCCUCAAUCAAAGCACGAAGGAUGA